AUGAGAGUCAGCAGUCUUCAAUCUCUACUACAUCUACUCAGCCAACCCGCGGCAAAGGUUCUCCUGGUCGCAGGUUUUGCAUAUCUCCUCGCCUUCCAAUACUGUCGAAUCCGCUUCUGGCGCGACCCUCACUCGGCUUUUUUCGAUAUUCGCAAUGUGUUCGAGUGGAAAUACAGUCUUUUGCGAGAGCAUCAAGCUCAACAUUUCACAUCUAUACAUAAUGCCCCUUCUGACAGUGGGAUUGACGACCAAUUGGGCACUGAUCGCCCCUUGAUGUGUGCCGCGCUGGCCACUGUAAAACGCGACAAGGACGACUACUUUGAAGCGACCGUGGGAUCUUUGCUGACUGAUCUUGACCCUCGCGAAAGACACGCCCUUCAUCUAUCAGUGCUAUUUGCAAAUACCGAUCCAAGCCAACACCCCAGCUGGGGCCAGAAAUGGCUUGGACGACUAGUGGAUUCAGUGUCCUCGUAUAAUGUCUCCGAGGAGCAGUUUCGCCAUUUGCAAGAGUUGGAGGAACAGCAUAACUUCUAUGAAAAGGGUGUAUACGACUACGUCUACCUACUCAAUCAAUGUCUCGAAACGGGUGCUCCAUACAUAUUCAUCCUCGAGGACGAUGUCAUCCUCGCAGACGGCUGGUUCGUCAAGACUAUGAAUGGUCUACACCAGUUAUCUCAUGGAUCGACUGCGCGCAACAAUACAUGGAUCUACUUACGCCUCUUCUACACCGAAACCUCUCUUAUGUGGUCAUCCGACGAUUUCUGGUACCGAAACAUGCCCUUGGCAUUCCUCUUAGUUAUGGGAUCUGGAUGUGCUCUUCUGCUGCUCAUUCGCCGACACUGGCCUGGCACCCGUGCCUCUCUUAACAAUUGGACUAUCGCAGCCGUGUGUUUAGUUGUGAUUCCCGCUUUCACGGGACUAUUAUACAUGAUGGGUAAAUACUCCCUGCUCCCCUUGGAGGGUGUAGUGGAGAUGAAUGGUCCGGGGUGUUGCACGCAAGGUUUGGUAUUCCCUCGUGAACAAGUACCGGCUUUGGUGGCUCGCUUGGAAGAGAAGAAAGCUGGGCAGACGGAUAGCAUGAUUGAGGAGUAUGCGGACCAGACUGGCUUGACGCGGUUGGCGCUGGCGCCGCAGCAGUUGCAGCAUGUCGGAUUACGAUCUAGUCGUGACAAUCUUGAGAUUAAUACUCAGAGUACCUGGGCUUUCUGGUUUGAGGAGAACGAUGCUCGACAGUUGAAGGCUGAGCAUGAACGGCUUCUGGCGGCGAGUGAUCAUUAUUGGCUUUUGGAUUGA